AUGCCAGCUGAAUCAGUCUCUGUUCGUACUGUUGAAUCAGUCACUGUCGCUAAAGAGCACAACAAACACCUUAUUCAAGCUCCAGAAUUUACCUGGCCCGUCAUCAGAAAGUAUUUCGGUACUAGAAUUAGUUCCCUUUGGGUCGGUAAAGAAGAACUUGCUCAACAUUCAUGGAAUGAAAUCCUUAACCCUUUCCAACCAUUAGAUGUUUCUUGGGGUUUGACUGUUGUUUUAAUGUUAAGAACUGUCGGUGCUCUUAUUUUUGGUGCUAUUGGUGAUAUGAAAGGUAGAAAAUGGCCUUAUAUUGCCAACUUGUCUCUCUUAGUUGCUAUCCAAUGUGGUACCGGUUUCGUCACAAACUUCAAGAUGUUCUUAGGUACUAGAGCUGCCUUUGGUAUUGCUAUGGGUGGUCUUUAUGGUAUUUGUGCUGCUGAAGCUCUUUCUGAUGCCCCAACUGCUGCAAGAGGUGUUCUUUCUGGUUUAUUCCAAGAAGGUUAUGCAUUUGGUUUCUUAUUAGCUACAGUUUUCCAACGUGCAAUUUCUGAUACUACCCCACAUGGCUGGAGAUCUUUAUUCUGGUUCAGUGCUGGUCCACCAGUUAUCUUAAUUAUCUGGAGAUUCUUCACCCCAGAAACUGAUACUUAUCAGCAUAUUGCUGCCAAGAGAGCUUCUGCUGCUUCUGGAAACCACUCCAAGUUUGCUAAUUUCAAGACUGAAGCUAGCUAUGCUUUGAAGAACUAUUGGUUAAUCAUCAUCUACUUGGUUUUCAUGAUGGCUGGUUUCAACUUUUCAUCUCAUGGUUCUCAAGAUUUGUACCCAACCUUGUUACAAGAACAAUACCACUACGGUAAAGAUAAGAAGACUGUUGUUUUAGUCUGUUCCAAAUUAGGUGCUUUAGCUGGUGGUGUUAUCGUUGGUCACUUCUCCAGUAUUAUUGGUAGAAGAACUGCCAUCCUUAUUGCUAACAUUUUUUCCUUGGCCUUCAUCUAUCCUUGGGCUUUCCAACCAACGUGGGUUACUGCUUUCUUCAUGCAAUUUGGUAUCCAAGGUGCUUGGUCUGUUGUUCCUAUCCAUCUUUCAGAAUUAUCUCCACCUCAAUUCAGAGCUUUCGUUAUGGGUGUCUCUUAUCAAUUAGGUAACUUGGUUUCUUCUGCAUCUGCAACUAUUGAAGCUACUAUUGGUGAAAAAUUCCUUCUUCCAGAUGGAACUCAUGACUAUGCUAAAACUAUGGCUAUUUUCGUUGCUGCCGUUGUUGUUUACUUAUUCGUUGUUGUUCUCUUGGGUCCAGAAAUUAGAAAUGCUGAGUUGGGUAUUGAAAGAGAAGAAGUCUAUGCUGUUUAUGAUGCUGAGGAAGGUCAAUUCGACAAGCUAUCUUUUGAUCAUACCGAAGAUGCCAGCAAACAAAAGGCAGGUGCUGAUAGGGUUUAA